AUGGAGGAAACACUGAACCCGAGGAAGGUUGGACCAUCCCACGACAGGGUCGAGCAUAAAAGACAGCAUGACCCGAGCCCCCAUCAAGAACCACCUCGGAGUAAACAGAGACAGGAGGCUUCCCUGACGUCAUUCACACGUUUAAACACAUCGAAAACAAACAUUUUGAUGGAAAUCAAGGAUAUGAAGGAGCUCAAAUGGCCUGCGAGAAUGAGGUCACCCCCCCAGUCCAGGGACAUGAGCAAAUACUCCCUUAUUAAAAGGGGACUUCUGGGUUCCUACAUUGGUAAUGACAAACGCCCGAAGAAUGAUGGUGGUAGGGACAGAGCCCCUGAAGUAAAGCGGGAUGGUCAACCCACAGCUGGAAUCAUCAACAUCAUUGUUGGGGGUAUUGCAUCAGGAGGAGAUUCUAACACUGGGAGGAAGCAGUAUGCCCGGCAAUACAUGACAACCACGAAAGCACAUCAUGGUGACCUCGAGGACAUAACAUUUGGUAUGAAGGAUCUUGAGGGCGUGUCGUUUCCUCAUGAUGACGCCCUAGUCAUCUCUGCAAUAGUAGCAAACUUCGAGGUAAAGAGGAUCUUAAUCGACAACGGAAGUGCUGCUAACAUAUUGUCACAUGAAGCCUUCACAAAAAUGGGAAUCUCUCCCGAACAACUGAAGACAGUGAAAACCCCCCUUCAAGGAUUCGGGGGGGGUAUUAUUGUUCCGGAGGGAGUGGUCGAGCUUCCGCUUACCUUAGGCUCGGGAAAAGAACAGAUAACGGUGAUUACAUCUUUUCAGAUUGUUCGGUCUUCCAUGGCAUACAACACCAUCUUGGGUAGACCAUUGCUCAAUAAGGUAAAAGCUAUUGUUUCCACCUCGCCAUGA